AUGCAAAAGCGCAAGAAGCCAAUGCUCUUGAGUUCUCGAGUCAGAAGUAUUUGCGAAAUUGCAGUCGGUGUCAUGCACGUUCUUUGGCAUUCCGCAGGGAGAGCUGUGCACAGCUGGGGCUGCAAAGAUGGUGGGGUCUUGGGCAGUGCUUCGGACAGUCUCGCGUCGCAUGCGGAGCCACAUCCGGUGACGAUGCCAAGUGGAGUCGCAGUUCGCCAUGUUUCGUGUGGAGACUGCCACAGCUGUGCCUUGGAUGAGAAGCGUCGGGUCUGGUUACGGGGCACAUACAAGGAUUCCAACGGUUAUAUCGGCAUCGCACACAAGCGCAAGCAGGAAACGGAGGUCCUGGAGAAGAGUGCAGAACCAACGCUGGUCCUGGAGGGAUGCGUGCAAGUUGCAAGUGGCGCUAACCACACGGUGGCCCUCGCAGCUCCGAGUGGGCACAAUCAAGUCUUCGCUUGGGGCUCCAACGCCACGGGACAGCUUGGACUGCAAGGCGCUUGUGGUUUCUCCGAGCGCACCCUGCCGUGCUCAGGCAGCGUUGCAGGCCUGUCACCGCGUGAAGGCGGCGGCUGCGAAGUCGCUGGCGAGCAGGUCGUGCGCAUUCAUCAAGCUGAUGGCUCUGUGCGUGCCGCUACUUCCAUGACUGCCGAACAGGUCCAGCAAGCUGUGGUGCAAGGUGCAAGUGCCCUGGUUCUGCAGGUUGCAGAGCGGGAGGUCCCCAAACCAGAGAAGCAGAAACUGCUGCAGCCACAACAAGUUCCGCUGGAAGUUGGUGCUGGGGAGCAUGUUGCCUCCGCGCUGCAUGCCAGUGCCGAGUGCAGCUUCGUAACAUUCGAGGACGGUGCCGUUUUUGGCUGUGGGUUGAACGGCGAUGGUCAGGUUGGACUUGGGUUUGUGAGCAUGGCCGUACAGCAGCUUCAGGCCGUGCCCGCUGUGCGAAGGGCUUCCUGGAUAGGCGGUGGACUGCACAGCACCGCAGCGCUGGUGGAUGGACGCGUGUUCACUUGGGGCAAGGCAGAGGAAUGCGGCAUUGGUUUGGGGGAGAAG